CAGGGAAAACGCGCUAGCCGCACAUCCCGGGGCAGAGGCUACAAAUCAAACUAAAGAGGUUUCAAUUCAGUCCAGUUCCAAAUGCGAUAGAGUCUGUGGCCGGAGAGCAGGUUGAUGGCAGAGGGAGGAGACAUCCUUGGAUUCCUGCACUGAGCACCCAGCUAAACAACAAGUACUGGGAGGCGACGUCAUUUGGAUAGUUUGUAAUUAGUUGUCUCCUUCUUCAGAGAUCCCGGGACAGACUCCCUGGAGAAGAAGAGGUAGUCCAGCUACUGACAAAACUUGGAUGUCAUUCUGUUUUUUUUUUUCCUGUCAUUCUGCUUUUUUUUCUUUUGUGACCCAAAUUUCUCUGCUCUCAGCUUCACUUAAACAUUUACAGAACACCACAGACAUCUUUCAAUUUGGAAGAAGUGGCUCAUAGUGAUCUAUGAACAUGUGAUUUUUAAAAUGUGUUAGCCUUGAUUUUACAUCUGCGGGUCCUGGAAGCUGCUGCUGCACACUGGAACAGACCAAAGACGUCCCAAAUAAUUUUCAGUCGCUACGGGUGUCCUCAGAGGUUGAACAGAUUCAUGGAGAAGACACUGACCAUAGGUCUGACUCUUUUCCUAACACUCUGUCUGAACAUACCAGAAGCAGGAGGACGGAAGGAGGGAGCCAAUGGAGAAAACACUCAGAAACGCUCAUCACGCUCUUCAGAUACAAAAGGAGGCCGUUGCUCUUACACCUUCAUUGUUCCACAGCAGAAACUGACAGGGGCGCUGUGUCUGAACACGCAGUCUGCUACUGCCAACCACUCUGAGGUGGCAGUGCUGCGAUCGGAGCUCAGACGACAGCAGGAACAGCUGGAGAAGCUCCGGAGCCAACUGGACCAGGAGGGGGCCCUUGCCACGGAGGUAAGAGCCCUGCGCAAAGAGAGUAACAGCAUGAAUUCUCGCAUUGCCCAGCUCUAUGCCCAGCUGCUUCACGAAGUCAUACACAAAAAAGACCAGGCUUUGGAGCAGCAAAGGCUGGAGAACCUCCUGCUAAAUUCUACAGCACAGGCACUGCAGGUGUCCAGUAAUUACAGGGAGCUGGAGAAGAAAUAUGGAGCCCUCACCUCCGUGAUGAACUCCCAGAACCAGUUUAUUGCACAUCUGGAGAAGCAGUGCCAGUGCAGGGACUCCGCCCUCCAGUCCUCUCUGGGGAUGACUGAACCACCAAAAAGCCACUCUAAUGUGCAUCCUAAUUACAGCUCUGAAAACAACGAAAUGACCAAUGAUGUUCAAAGGGACCAAAGUGCUCCUCCACCACAGAAGAAAAAAACAGGGGGACUUCAUUCCCUCCCCACCACUACAGCUAACACUCCUACAGACCCUCCUUUCAUUAGUUUCCCUGUCACAAAGACUCCAGGGCCAUGGCGGGACUGCCAGCAUGUGCUGGAAUCAGGUGAGACCACCAGCGGGAUCUACCUGCUCCGCCCACAGAGUGCUAACCGCCUAAUGCAGGCUUGGUGUGAGCAGAGUCAGGCUCAGGGAGGGUGGACAGUCAUCCAGAGAAGACAGGAUGGGUCGGUCAACUUCUUCAGGACUUGGGAGCAGUAUAAGCAAGGCUUUGGGAACCUAGAUGGAGAGUAUUGGCUUGGCCUGGAACAUCUCUAUUGGCUGACUAAACAGGCCCCAUAUAAGCUACGGGUGGCUCUGGAGGACUGGCAGGGCCGGCAGGUGUUUGCUGAGUAUGACAGUUUCCACCUGGAGCCGGAGACUGACUGGUACCGCCUGAGGUUAGGACAAUACCAGGGCAAUGCAGGGGACUCGCUCUCAUGGCACAACAACAAGGCCUUCACCACUCUGGAUCGAGACAAGGACAGCUAUACAGGUAACUGUGCUCAUUACCAGAAAGGAGGCUGGUGGUACCACAUGUGUGCCCACUCCAAUCUAAAUGGUGUGUGGUAUCGGGGUGGACACUAUCGCAGCCGCUACCAGGAUGGGGUCUACUGGGCAGAGUUCCACGGGGGGUCCUACUCUCUCAAACGAGUUUCUAUGAUGAUCAAACCCACAUAACAUAGUUGAGCUGUAAACAUGUGAGAAGGAAACUUGAUAAACUGAUGUGAAUGAUUCUCAGAUAUGUGUAGGGGAAAUUUAAAAAUGUUAAAAUGUCUGUUUAAGAAAAUUGGUCUUUACAUGUUUAUUAGAGGCCACUGAGUGAUGUGUAAAGACUAAAUCAUUAGAUGAUGACUAACAUGUACUGAGCUGACAGCCUGUUCUCUGUGUUGCAAUUUCCUUAUAAAAUUUGAUGUUUUUCAAUUCGCAAUGUACUUUU